CCACAUGAAAGUUUUCAAACGAAAGUGUGUUUAUUUUAUAAAAAAAUUAUGUAAUUAUUUGCCCAUUUGGCUUCGUUUUAAUCGCUCUCGACGUUAAAGAUUUAAAUUUAUUUAAUCGGUUCCAGUUUAUUCGUUCGAAAUCAAAUUUUCGUACGGAAGUAAAAUGGUGUCCACAGAAGCUCCGCUUCGACCGAUCCCAUGAACCUUUGCGACGCAUCAGUCGUUUGUUUUUCAAAAAGCGCCAAUUACUAUCGAAUCGUUUUCCCGCUUACCAAAGUAAGAAAACUUAACCGGCGGUUAAUAUAUAAAGAUUUCAAACCAAAAUGAAUAGAAUUAUGAGAAUUCAGAAACUUUUAGAAUGUUUAAACAUGUUUUGUCAUCAUUAUUGAUAUUCAGUUAUAUUAAGGAAGAUUUAAAGGAAUUUAAGAUAGUUGUGAAUGUAAAUAUAUUUAUAGAAAUAUGGUAGAUUUCUGAAAUAAUGAAAACAUUUUUGCAUGGAAAUAACAUAUUAGAAUCAGAUGUCUUCAAAAAUAUAAAGGGGAGAUUAACUGAUGAAUGGAUCAAAUCUGAUUGGAAAUCAAAUGAUACAGUAAUUAAAAGAGAUAUCUACAAAGUUGAAUAAAUAUUUUGAUAUUUUAAAAAUUAGAGCGAAAUGAAGAAAGUACUGAAGAAAGAAACCAGUUCUGAAAAUGAUCAAAAUAUAAAAGAAAAUGAAGAAAAACAGGAAUCUUCAGAUGAUAAACCUAAAAAUGAAACUGUUCAGUCUUGCAAUGAAGAAAAAACAGAAAUUGUUUCUGAAGAACACAUGAAUGGUAUAGUUGAAGAAAAAACUUUGAAUAACACAACAGACUCCACAAAUGAGAAAUCAUCACCCAUUUUAUUCAAUUCUGAAGUUCCAUACAGGAGUCGUUAUGGACGUCUACACAAGAGUUCGUUGAAUCCCGAUAUGGAGUUCGUGCCCUUAUUUAGGAAGAAAACAACCCCAGUGAAAUCAUCACCAGCCAAAGUACAAGAGUCAUCACAAAUUUCAACAUCUGUUAAGAGAAAUAUUUCUUUUUCAAACAAUACAGAACAUUCUCCCAACAAUGAAAAUAAUAUCACUGAUGGUUGUUCAAAUAAUGAUACAGCAGUUGUUUCAGAAGAACCAGUCAAUAAAAAACUGAAAUUAACCCUUCCUAAAGAAAAGAACUCUUUAGAAGAGAAAGAUGUACCUUGUGAUUGGUUAGUUGGUGAUUUAUUGUGGUCAAAAAUUCCAGGUCAUCCGUGGUGGCCAUCAAUGAUAUCGUUUGAUCCUAUAUUAGGAAUUUAUACAAAAGUUGUUAAUGGAGUGGGAUCGGGGAAAAAAUUGCACAGGAUAUAUCACGUACAGUAUUUUGGACCGGAUGCCGAACGAAGUUGGACUGUGCCUCAUGGUUCCAUGCCAUUCGAAGGUCUUACAAAAUACAACGAAUAUGUAGAAAAAUUGCUUCAGUCAGCACCGCCUAAAGGAACCAUGCGUCAAAAACUUUUAUCAAAAUUUAAAAUAAAGGUUGGUGUUAUAAAAUUCAAAGCCUCUAAAAUAAACUGUGGUGCAUGUUAUAUAUUUCUAGGAUCGGGGAAAAAAUUGCACAGGAUAUAUCACGUACAGUAUUUUGGACCGGAUGCCGAACGAAGUUGGACUGUGCCUCAUGGUUCCAUGCCAUUCGAAGGUCUUACAAAAUACAACGAAUAUGUAGAAAAAUUGCUUCAGUCAGCACCGCCUAAAGGAACCAUGCGUCAAAAACUUUUAUCAAAAUUUAAAAUAAAGUCAAACAGAAAGGAUGCUUGGUUAUUAGCUGUGGAAGAAGCCGAAGAUGCUCUUAAAAUGACAAGGACAGAAAGGAAGCAACAGUUAACUUUCGAAUAUAUUAAUACAAAGAAAACUUCCACAAAAAAAGAUUUAUAUCGAAAUGCGUCUGUAUAUCAGACACCAGAUUUGAAAUCUUCCAAAAAUUCCGAUUCGGUUGUGAAAUCGCCUAAAUUUAUGAAUGACUCUAGUGUGAAAAGGCAAAAACAUGCAAAUAUUAAAAACAAUAAUGUAGACAACGUUCAAAGUAAUCACAAGCAAGUAAAACCAAUUCAAGUUUCGAGAAAGAAAAAAUCCAAAGGACAGUUUUCUGUUUUCCUUCAUAGACAUUUACCGAUAGCCCGACUUCAGCAUCCUGAUUUCAGUGAAGAGGCUUUAGAGGAAUAUUUGCAUUUACAUUGGGAUAGAAUGACAGAAGUAGAAAGAGCGAGAUAUACCAGUAGAUUAAGUAUUAAUAAUACAAGAGAGAAUCAUAAUAAAGAUGGUGAAACAAAAAGAAAAGAAAAAGUCAUUAAUGCAUUUAAAAAACAGAGCUCUUCUGAAUCGGAAAAGGAACAAAGUAUGGAAUUGGAGACGGAUAAAAGUGCUCAAGAUUUUGAAAAACAGCCGUUGCCGGAAUCCGAAGUUGUGCCAGAGUCAAAAGUAACCUCAGAACCUGCAAAGCAAAAUUCUUUGAAUUCAGAACCAACGCAUAAUGCAGAGUUUACGAAAAAACAAACUACAGACUCUAUUAAAAAGUCAAAGAGUGACAAAAAAGCAUUGCUUAAGCAAGAAAAGCAAAAUUCAUUAAAUCCUUCAGAACAGUUUGGGAAAGAUAAAAAACUAAAUAAAAAUGUAGUGGAUUUAAAUGGUUCAUCAUUAUUGAGUAAAACCGAGAUUCAGGAAGCGGAACCAAACGAUCUGAGUCCCAGCGAGUCAUCUUCAUUGCAAGAUCCUUUAGAUGGUAGCGAAUUUAGUAUACCCAUUUCAACUCGCCACGAACGUAUUUGUCAAAUAUGUGAAACUGUAGGAGAUAUAAUUGUUUGUAAAGGUCCCUGUCAGCAAUCAUUUCAUCCUGCUUGCUUAGGUUUAACUCAGCUUCCUUCCAAUUUCCAAUGUGAUGAAUGUAUCACAGGUAAACAUACAUGUUUUUCGUGUAAAAAAGAUAAUGGAACCACAAUCAAAUGUUCUUCCAAUCACUGUGGGAAAUAUUAUCAUGAAGAAUGCAUGAAGAAAUACCCACUGACUUCAAAGUUGGAAGGACAGUCUUUAACUUGUCCUCUUCAUUCUUGUCUCACAUGUUGUGCUGAAAAUUCUAAAAUAUAUAGACAGAGAAAAAAAUGGUCUAUUAGAAGUCAAAACUGUUUGUCCAAUAGAAAAAACAUGCUAAACAUUUUAAGAUCUUGUAACUCAUUGAUAGAAUGUAAUAAAGCUCGUUUAAUACGAUGUAUACGAUGUCCUGUUGCAUAUCACUCUGGAGAUAACUGCAUAUCUGCCGGUUCUGUUUACAUCAAUUCAACACAAAUUAUAUGUGCAAAUCAUUUUCAACCAAAGAAAGGAAAGCAAUAUCAGUCACGUAUAAAUGCUAGCUGGUGCUUUAUUUGCUCAAUAGGUGGUAGUUUAAUUUGUUGUGAGUCAUGCCCUGCCGCAUUUCACAUAGAAUGCCUGGCCAUACCGCAUCCCGAAGAAAGUUAUUACUGCGACGAAUGUGUUGCAGGAAAACAUCCGAGAUAUGGAAAUAUAGUUUGGGUAAAACUUGGCUGUUACAGAUGGUGGCCGGCAAAAAUAUGCCAUCCAAAAAACGUUCCACUAAAUAUACAGAAUAUGUCGCAUGAUGUUGGAGACUUUCCAGUGCAGUUUUUUGGCUCACAUGAUUAUUAUUGGACACACAAAGGAAGAGUAUUUUUAUUUCAAGAGGGUGAUAAAGGAAGUAAAGAGCAUUCUGUCAAUCGCAAUCUGGCUAAAAUAUUCCAAAAAGCUGUUGAAGAAGCAAAUGAAGCUUUCCAAAGCUGGCAGGUAGCAAAAGAGGCCAAAGAAGCGCAAGAAAACGGAUCAAAGCCACCAUCUUAUAAGUUUAUUAAGUCCAAUAAGCCAGUCGGUAAAGUUCAGAUCCAUCCAUUUGACUUGAGUCACAUCAAUCGAUGCGAAUGUGAUCCCAAUUCGGAAAAUCCCUGUGGAGAAGAUUCCGACUGUCUCAAUCGCAUGACCAUGGUUGAAUGCCACCCUAACAUCUGUCCGGCGGGAGAGCGGUGUCAAAAUCAAAGAUUUCAGAAACGUGAAUAUGUACCUGCGGCAUUUUUUAAAACAGAGAAAAGAGGUUGGGGUUUGAAAACAUUAGAAGAUGUGAAAAAGGGACAGUUUGUAAAUGAAUAUGUAGGAGAAUUAAUUGACGAGGAAGAAUGCGAACGUAGACUACAACAGAAGCACGAAGAUAAUGACACAAAUUACUAUUUUCUCACAUUAGACAAAGACAGAAUUAUUGAUGCUGGACCUAAGGGUAAUCUCGCUCGUUUUAUGAAUCAUUCAUGUCAGCCAAACUGUGAAACACAGAAAUGGAUGGUGAAUGCAGAUACUCGAGUGGGCCUCUUUGCUCUUUGUGAUAUUCCUGCAGGCACCGAAUUGACGUUCAAUUACAACUUGGACUGUAGAGGAAACGAAAAAUCCAAGUGCACCUGCGGAGCUCCCAUCUGCAGCGGUUACAUCGGCGUUCGUCCCAAAACCGUCGCCGCCUCUCAAGACAAGAAGGCCAGAGAAUCGGCGGGAAAGAGAAAGAAAAGGCGUUCUCAGGCCAGGAAGCACGAGGACGAAUGCUUUCGGUGCGGAGAGGGAGGCGAAUUGGUCAUGUGCGACAGAAAAAGCUGCCCCAAGUCAUAUCAUCUAAAUUGUCUAGCUUUAAGUAAGCCACCUUACGGUCGCUGGGAAUGCCCGUGGCACCACUGCGACGAAUGUGGCAAGUCUUCCGUCGUCAUGUGCUCGGAGUGUCCGAAUUCCUUCUGCAAAGACCACGGCACCAAAGUCAACAUUAACAAAAAGGGGGACCACUUCGUCUGCCACGAACACGAACACAAAGAAAACGCUUCGGCCGACCCGCAAGACCGAAGCCCGGACGAAAACGAAAAGACUAAUUGUUCGGUGUUACUUCUGGAGGACGGCCACCGCCAAACCAACAACGUCGAUCAUCCGGAAUCGUAAUCACAGACCGCCACCAUCCUCUUCCACACAACUGAAAGUCGUUCCGGCGAUCGUCAAUUUUGAUAAUUACGCAUCAAAACGGCGCGACGAACCAGGGUACAAUUUUAUCGGGUGGGGGGAAAGAAGAAAUAUUUUAAGAAUACAACUUACUUUUUUUUUUACCACAGAAAAAGUAUUUUCCCUCUUCUUCCCGUUUUGCCCACCCGCCGCAAAUUUUCCACCUUUAAUUUCGUUAUCGUUUUUUCCGAAGUGUCCACCCGUCUUUAGGGGGGGAAAAAAACGUGUUUCCACUGUAGCGUUACGUAAUUUAUAAGUGUUGUUAAGUUCUCGAUUUGAUUACCCGGUCGAAAAUACAGAUAAAAUAUGCAAAAUAAUAAUAAUAAUAACCAUAAAUAAAAUAUAUUGUAUAUUUCUCGUUUUUCAUUAUUUUCUUUUAAUUUUUUUGUGGGAAGUAAUUAGUCGCGCGACGGGCAUGCAAAACAAAAGUGCAAUGCGUAUAUAUUGAUACAUGUGGCCGUUUUUUUUUUCUACGGAAGUGUAAAUAAUUCGUCGAAAUCCGCCGGUAGAUUUCGCACGUGACCGUCAUAUUUUGUAAGAUGGCCGUAACCUCUUUUUACACACGAGUAUUAUAAGGAAGUGAUUGUUUUUUUCUUCUCCCGUCUCUUGUGUAACGUGUUUUGUGAAAUUGUAUAAGAAGGACCAAAACAAAAAAAAUAUAUAUAUAUAUAUAUAUAUGUCCACGACCGUUUAUGCGUCUGGUAUUUAUUGAGUUUGAAUAUUUCCUUCAUUGAUAUGAGAUUUUGAUUUAUAAAAAAAAAUAAAAAGAAAGAAAAAAAUACCCGAUAAAAUUUCUAUCUGUAAGAUAAAUAAAAGAGAUAGAAUAUUGUUUAUUCUCUUUAAAAUUUUAAUAAGUAAGAAUAUUUAUUAUAUUGUAAAAGUGUCUUGACAGAAUAAAAAUUCUAAUGAACUUUAUAUAAAGUUCCCUCACCUCGAAAUUUCACGCGUUUAAACAAUAAACGAAUGUUUGUUAAAUAAUUAUUUGUUAGAAUAAACGACAACCAUUUCUGUAGAUAUUAUUCUUUUGAUAAUUCUCGUUUAAAUUGUAAGUACAAUCCCGAAGUACUUAUUUAACAUGAAGAAUCAAUUUUUAAAUUAAAAAAAAAAAAAUCUUAACGAAACGUAAAUUGAAAAAAAAUUACGAGUUGCGAAACUUUCCCGGCCGUUAUAAGAUUUUGUUACGAAAACUUUAAUUGUAAAAUAACAAAUGACAGUUUUGAGGGUAGAGAUGAGUUUUAUAAAGAUGUGUAAAUGCUAACGAAAAAAAUCUUCGUUAAGCCCAAUCCCGAGCGAGAUAUGACACGUGACCCACCCUCUAUCCCCUUCCCUCGACUUGUCAUCACCCAAAUUUAUUAGUAUCAUGCCCUUUAUAUACAAGCUACUGUGCCAAAUAUCGUUUCAUCUUCAUCCCCGUCGUUGCAUAUUAAGCGAAAUACAUGUCGACACAAAUGUCCACGGAAUUUUUUUGCCGUUUUGACUGGGUUCGGAGGGUUUCAUUUUAAAAAUUCUUUAAAUUGUGUACAGUAGAAGAAUAGAGAAUUUUUAAAAUGUGUUAAGAUGUGUGAUAAGCCAUUGCGUAAUAUAAAUCGAAUACUACAAUAUAAAACUAUUGGUUUUAAUCUUUGUUAUUUCAGCUUACCGUUGUCACGUUUAUUGCAAUACUCGGAUGGUAUGAAAAAGUGUCUACUUGAUCAAUAAAAUUGUGCCAAUUGUUUGUUAACUUAUGGCAAUGCAACAUUUGGGCGAUCUGCCUAUGGGAGAGGCCUUCCCGGAGGUCUUUUUAAGGAAAACUGGCCCCUAUUUAGGCGUUACAUAUGUGGAGAAAACCCGGAAAACUCCACGUGGCCAGCCCGUCCGAGCGAGGCGCGAACCCACGACCGAAUUCCUAGUGUUCAGGGUACGAAGACCGCUUGGUUACUGGUGGGCCGACCCAGCUUUAACAUCGUUAUUAGAAUGCCCGGUGUGCUACGAGAACCCGUCUCCCAUCUAUCAGUGCAUGUUUGGACACCCGAUCUAUUCCAGCUGUAAGAGAAGAGUCCACCAAUGUCCCACGUGUCGAGGGUUCUUAAGAGAGUUUUGCAACAUCGCCAUCUUACCUCCUUGCAGGAGGAUAAAGAAGGGUCGUGAUUUCCCUCCUGCCGGGUGGAAAAGGAAUCUGUUCCACGUUAUCCAAAAGGGAAAAAAAUGUUCAAAAAGUAACGUGGCUAGAUCGGGUGGCAAACAGUUUUUGCCCCCGGGCCGAAUUGGAAAGAACUUUUUCCACGGGCCGAACCAGAGGCUGCCCUAGGAAGAUUUUGAGGUGGUACGAGAUCUCAUUGUGUCACCCCGUAGAGACUGAAUUGUAGAUAAAGAUUACAGAUACAUUUUUCACAUUAUCAUGCUUUAUCAACACACUACGAUGUACUUACCAGAUUUGUAACGGCUCCAGGGCCUUGUAAUAGGAUGUUCGAAGAGGAGAUGCUUAGUUCAGUUUCUAGUUGGGGAGUGGUAUAUUCAGAAGCACGAGAGAGCAGCUCAUUAGAAGAGCGUAUUCAUAUUGCUCUAAUGUACCAGACAGGAAGAAGGAAAUUAAUAGAAUCAAAGAAACAUAUAAAAAGAGUACAAUAGAAGGACUAAUUAGAAAAUAUGAAAGAGGCAAUAUAAUAAGAACCCAAACAAAUCAGUUUAAAAUGUCCAAGUUCACUUAUAAUCAAAACACCAAGAACAUCAUGAAACAAGUGUCGGACAAAAUACACUCCAAAAUAGCUGGGAAACGAUAAAAACAUGCUGAAGAAAGAAUAAAAAGUGGGCUUAAAUAGAAUUCCACUUGAAAAUCAGAGAGCAAUUAGAGAUUAAAACGGCAAGGCCGUAUUUGGGGCAAGAAUCUAGAUCCGUAUGAUGCGAUUUGCGCCCCCCCCCAAUUGUAGAAACCGCUGCGAGCAUAAAGGUCAAUGGAACCAUACCCUUAAAUGUGACCCUUCGCGAGAUAUAGCCCUCAAAAUAAUCGCCCACGUGGCUCCGCGCCUAAACGCUUAUUUUGCGCUUUUCCCAACGCUCGGUGUUCAAGAAGAAGCGCGACCCCCCUCGACGCGGCCCAAAUCGUCCGGAGUUGCCAUCUGUUGCCUGUAAACACAAA